GGCAGCCAAGGUGGGAUGUCAACCAGGCUCCAGGAACCCGCGAACUUGCUUCUCAACAAAGCUCGCCGUGAACGUGGCUUUUCGGAGAUUGGCUUUGCAUCCCCCAAGAGAUAAACACAAGUCUCCAGAAUGUCUGCACCGGCUGUUUCGGGCGGCGAGUCCAAGAAUGUCGCCUUCAAGGACAAGGAGAAGCCCAUGGCGGUGCGCUCGUCCAACAUUGUCGCUGCCAGAGCCGUCGCCGAUGCAAUCCGAACGUCUCUCGGCCCUCGAGGCAUGGACAAGAUGAUCCGCAGUGGAAAGGGGGAGACGAUUAUUACAAAUGACGGAAACACCAUGCUCAAGAGCAUGUCCGUCAUGCACCCUACGGCAAAGAUGCUGGUUAACCUGUCAGGAGCCCAGGAUGUCGAGGCUGGUGAUGGCACAACCUCCGUUGUUGUCAUCUGCGGCAGCCUUCUCGGCGCCGCUGACCGACUGCUGUCCAAAGGCAUCCACCCCUCCGUCAUUUCAGAGUCCUUCCAGAGAGCGUCCGCCGCCGCCGUCGAAGUCCUACACGACAUGUCCCAGCCCAUCUCCCUGACCGACAACGCCUCCCUCCUCCAGGCUGCCAACACCUCUCUAUCAUCCAAGAUUGUGUCUCAGUACUCGAACCUUCUCGGCCCCAUGGCUGUCAAUGCCAUUACCAAGACCAUCGAUGUUAAGACUGCAGAGAAUGUGGACCUCAACAACAUCCGCAUGAUCAAGAGGGUGGGAGGAACAAUUGAGGACAGCGAGCUGGUCGAUGGCCUCGUUCUUACACAACCUGUGCUGAAGAACGCCGGUGGUCCCAUUAGAAUGGAGAAGGCCCGUAUUGGUCUUAUCCAGUUCCAGCUCAGUCCUCCCAAGCCUGACAUGGAAAACACGAUCCAGGUCAACGAUUACCGCCAGAUGGACAAGAUUGUCAAGGAGGAGCGAUUAUAUCUUUUGAACAUGGCCAAGAAGAUCAAGAAGGCUAAGUGCAACGUGCUAUUGAUCCAAAAGUCCAUUCUUCGCGAUGCCGUCAACGACCUUUCCCUACACUUCCUGGCCAAGCUCGGCAUCAUGGCCAUCAAAGACAUCGAGCGAGACGAAGUUGAGUUCAUCUGCAAGUCCACUGGCUGCAAGCCCAUUGCAGACAUCGACUCGUUCACCGAGGAUAAGCUGGGCUCAGCCGAUCUUGUGGAGGAGGUUCAGUCAUCGGGAUCACGCAUGGUCAAGGUCACCGGAGCCAAGGCCACCGGCAAGACUGUGACCGUUGUUGUUCGUGGUGCCAACUCUCUCAUCUUGGAGGAAGCCGAGCGAAGUUUGCACGACGCCCUCUGCGUUCUCCGAUGUCUGGUGAAGAAGAAGGCCCUGAUUGCCGGUGGUGGUGCCCCUGAAAUUGAGAUUGCCGCUCAGCUGUCCAAGCAGGCGCGCAGCCUGACAGGCACAGAGGCCAUCUGCUGGAAGGCCUUUGCGGAUGCUAUGGAGGUUAUUCCUACAACCCUUGCCGAGAAUGCCGGUCUGAACAGCAUCAAGGUUGUUACCGACCUGAGACACCGACACGAGAUGGGAGAGAAGAACGCCGGUGUCAGCAUCAAAUCUGGAGGAGUCAACACCAACAUCUCCAAGGAGAAUGUCUUGCAGCCCCUUUUGGUCAGCACAAGCGCCAUUGAGCUGGCGGCUGAGACGGUGAAGAUGAUUUUGAGAAUAGACGACAUUGCUUUGUCAAGGUAGAGAAAAUUGCAGUCUUUAUGAUAGGAUUGCUGUAUGAUGUAAUAUCUAAAUUUAAAAGAAGCAAAUCUUGAUAUUGGCUCGCC